AUGUCUUCUUCCGGGACCGCGGCCUCGUGGGUGGGCUGGUUCUGCAGCAAUCGAGGGAACGAGUUCUUUUGUGAGGUAGUUGAUGAAGAUUAUAUUGGAGACAAUUUUAACCUGACUGGGCUGAGCGACUUUGUACCGAAAUUUCGUGAAGCACUCGACAAGAUUCUUGAUCUAGAGCCCGACGACUCCGGGGACGAUAGUGAUGGCGAUGCGUCAGAAGUUGAAAGGCUAGCUGAAAAGCUUUAUGGUCUGAUCCAUGCCAGAUUCAUUCUAACAAACAGAGGUCUAUCGAUGAUGCUGCAGAAGUGGAGAGACGGAGACUUUGGAACGUGCCCUCGUGUUCUUUGUUAUGAUCACCCACUUCUUCCUAUGGGAACAGUUGAUGUCAAGAUGUACUGUACGUCAUGCAGCGACAUUUAUUAUCCAAAGCAUGCUCGUCACCAGUCGAUUGAUGGUGCUUACUUUGGGACAUCUUUCCCGGAGAUGUUUCUCAUGAUGUAUCCUGAGUAUCGUCGGCCGAAGCCACAACAGUUUGAACCGAGGCUGUUCGGGUUCAAAAUUCGUCAGCCACGAGAAGACGAUAAGGAAGGCGAACGCGUUUGA